AUGAUACAUGAAAGCAUAAAGGUGUAUGUUGAUGAUAUUGUUGUCAAGUCCAAAAACAAAUUUGAUCACAUUUGCAACCUCGAGAAAGCAUUCCAAAGAAGUAGAAGGUAUAAGCUUAAAAUGAAUCCUCUUAAAUGUACCUUUAGUGUAAGCGUUGGGAAAUUUUUGGGAUUUUUUGUACACAAAAAUGGUAUAAGCAUAGACAAAGACAAGACUAGGGCUAUACUAGCCAUGAAGGUACUGAAAUCAGCCAAAAAAUUGAAAAGCUUUCUCAGAAAAGUUUCAUAUCUACAAUGUUUUAUACCAGCUUUGGCAGAACUCAUAGACCCGCUUCAAUCAUUGAUGAGAAAAGGGCAUAAAACUCAACAACCUGAAGCCAUGCUUUGCGAUGAAGAAACACAAGAAAGAUGGACAAUAACAUUUGAUGGGUCAUCAACCGCUAAAGGGGGAGGUGCAAGAAUAGUGUUGACCAAUUCGAAAGGUAAAAAUCAUAUGCAGGCUUAUAAAUUAUUAUUUGAUUGUACUAAUAAUGAAGUUGAGUAUGAAGCACUUAUUUUGGGAAUGACGGUCGCACUAAGCAUGGAAGUUAGCAAAGUUACGAUUAGAGGGGACUCCAAACUUGUUAUUCAACAAGUCAAAGGGGAAUUUGCUGUGAAGGAACCAUCAUUAGCAAUAUAUCGAGCAAUGGUCCAAGAACUAGCGAAGAAUUUUAGGGAGUGUCACUUUGAGCACAUGCCUCGAACACAAAAAUAG